AUGGGAUUUGAAAUUCAAAGGCAAAAUUAAAUAAUAAAGGAGCUUGAAGAAAACAAAAAUUAGUUAGAGUAGCAGAUAAAAACAUAUAAAGACGAAUAAAAGAUCUUGCUUCUAGAAAUCUCUACAUUAAACCAAGAAGUGAAUAAAACAUAGGAAUAGGAGAAAAAAUACAGAGAGCAAUUGAAUUCCUACAUCAGAAAUUAACCUUAGAUGGAUAAUUAGGUGUAAAUAGAUUUAUCUGGAGAAUAUGAAAAAUUAAAGGAAGAAAAUUAAUAUUUAGAGUCAAAAAUAUCUUAUUUAUUAAGCAUUAAUUAGUUAGAAAAUAAAUAAGAUAUUUCAUCCAUUAAGAAAUUAAAUCUCGAUCAAAGUGAAGCCUAAAAUCAUACUCCUGCCAACAUUCAUAGGCUUUUAGAAUAACUUCAAAAUAAUAUCUAAAAUUAUAAAUAAGGAAAUUCCAUCUAAACUAAAUACCUUAAUUCAAUAACAAUUUUAAGGGAAUUGAUUAAGUCCUAAAUAUCAUUCCUAAUCAAGCAAGAUAACUUGAAUAAGGAAGUUGAUUAUUAGCAAAUAGAAAUAUAUUUGGCAAAAAUUAAUUAAGAUAUUGAAGAAUUAAAAGCUUAUGAAACUCCAAAAGCAGUAAGACGAAUUUUAAACAAUCAAAGUCCAUAGUUAGGAAGAUCAUGUUCUUAAGGUUUAUCGUCUGAUGAAGUCUUUUCAAAAAUUAUUGGACAUAUUGAACAUUUGUAGUAAGGAGGAUUAAGCAUUCCAACUAUUUUAAAAUAAAUUUCAUUGCUUAAUUCCUUAGUUAGAUUAAAAAACGAUGAUCUAAAACUAAUAAGCAAUAAUAAUAAAUUAAAAUAAUCACCUACUAGAUUUUCGAUCGCCUUUACACCUGUUAAAUACUUAAGUCCAAUUAGAAUUUCUCCUUUGAAGAUACAUCCAUUUGUUAUGAACAUGAGUGCUCCAUAAAAAGUUUCUAUCAUUUAAUCAAAUAUUCAUGAUUCGCAUUAAACUAACUAAAGAUAGAAUGUUAUUGAUUCAUUUCCAAUAUAAUAAAGAGAUGAAUUUUAGAAUGUACUUAAUUCUUUUAGAGAUAAUUAAGAUAAAAUAAACUAGUUGGAAUUUGAAAAGAUAUAAUUAUAGGAACAAGCUAAAUUGUUAAGGUAAAAAUAUGACUAAUUGAUUGAAAACCAGAUUUAUUAGCCAUAAGACUAAAACCUAAUGUAAUUGGAAAGCCUGGAUGCACAAAAUUUGAUCCUAAAAAGAUAAAAUAUAGAUUUAAAGUAAUAAGUGAAGGAAUUAGUAGAAGAAAGAAUAAAACUACAGCAAUAAUAUGAUAUAAAAAUUUUGAAUGAGUUAAAUUAGGAAAAAUAACCAGAAGACUAUAAGAAAUAAAUUGUCUAAUAAUAAGAGCUAAUACAUAAUUUGGAAAAUGAAAAAAUUAAUAAGAAUGAUGAACUUAAUAUCAUAGCGGAAGAAAACGACACUUUGAAAAAAAAUUAAAUAUCACUUUAAGAUUAAAUAAUAGAGUUAUUAAAACAAUUGAAUUAGUAAAAUAUAGGGUAGUUUGAGGAAAAGGAUAUCGAGAGUGUAGAUGAAUAACAAGAAGAUAAAUUAAAGUAAUUGAAUAUUUUGCAAACAGAAAAUAUUAUAUUAAAAGAUUAACUCUAAGAAGUGGAAUAAUAAAGAUAAGAAGAUCUUAAGUCUUUCAAGGAAAUAAUAGGAAAUGGAGCCGAUCAAUAAUGUAUAGCUGAUUUAGUAACUUAAAAAUAAAAAUUACAAACUGAUUAAAGAUAAUUAUUAAUUUAGAUAAAUAAAUUACAAGAGGAGCUAAUAUAAUAAUAAAAUGAAAACAAUGAAAUGAAAAAAAUGGUUAAUCAAUUAAAAAAUUAACAAUAAGAUUAAAUAUAGAUAUAAGAAAAUGAAGUACUUAAAAUAAGACAAAAUGAAAUAGAUGAUUUGAAAUUGGAUUAAAUAAAAUUAAAAGAUGAGUUAAUCUAAACCAAGUAAAAGCUAAAUGAAUAAUUGAAUUAAUAAAUCUAAAAGCCUUUAAGUAGCGAAAAAUAAAUUGAAUUUUAAUAAGAUCCUGAAAAAGUCUUUUAAAUCAGCUCACUCUAGGCAGAAUGUGUGAAUCUUAAGAAACAAAUAUAGGAUGUUGAAUAGUAGAGAAAGGAUGAUCUAAAAUCUUUUGAGAAAAUGCUUGGAGAAGGAGUCAAUGAAACUUAAGUUAUUGGUUUGACUUCUGAUAAAUAGUAACUCUAAUCUGAUUUAAGACAAUUACAAAAUAAAUGUGAUCAA